GUUUCACCUGGUCAGUCUCAUGGAAAGAUGUGUUCGUAAUGUUUUGUACACUCAGUGUAUAAUACUACACGUCCUCCAAGAUUUAUGAUAAGUUAUGUCAUUUAAUCCGUAUGCUUUUGUACGACCAGGUAAGUCGUAUGAUUAUUGUACGACUGCUAUUCCAUUCGUAAUGUAUCAUACUAAAUGAAGGCGAACAUAUUUGCGUACCAAAUCUUCCGGAUUGCCCUGAGGCCAGGUUGAACAUCUAGCCUAGGGGUUCACUUGCUGUAGCUGAAAUGUGGACAUUCAGUUAUAGUAACCUGUUCUUAUGCAGCAACAAGAUGCUGUCACUCCCCAUUGAAACCCCAAACUUCCUGUUUUGAGAUGAGUGCUUGUUAUUGGACUAGGGAGGGUCCUAAAAUAGCCGGAACAAGUAAAUAAUCAGCCUUCUGGCAUUUAAUGAACACUGCUGCUGGGGCAGGGAACACCCCAACACUCCCUGACCCCAGUGUGAAGACAAAUCGGGAUGUUUUUUGACAUCCUGCUGGUUUUGUCCUUUUACUGGAAGGGCAGCCAGGUGAAUCAAGUUCAGAACAUCGUUGGGUAGUUAAGCAAAUGUUAAUGUUUUUUUCUUCCCACAUGUUUAACCUGUUUCCCGUUUGGUGUAUGCAGUUGAAAUGCUUACUGUUCUGUUUCACUUUGUCUUUCAGGUCAUACCACAUACUGAGUGUUCAUAAUGUCUGAACAAUUAGAUGAAAAUUGAUGUUCGGAAUAGUUUUAUUUUAUUACAGUGGAAUCUGUCAGAUCUUUUGCAUCACUCUGUUUUUUCGAAAAGAAAACAAACCCCACGCGACAACACUUUAGGAUCUACCUUUCUUUGAAAAAGAAAGCAUCCGUCGAAGCUACAGUGCUUCCCCCAGAGACCUCCGUGGGUGACGAUGCCUGUGCAAGCGCCGCAAUGGACGGAAUUCCUGCUGUGUCCCAUCUGCACACAGCUGUUCGAGGAGAGCCUCCGCAAGCCCAUCAGCCUGGGCUGCGGCCACACAGUCUGCAAGAUGUGUCUGAACAAGCUGCAUCGCAAGGCCUGCCCCUUCGACCAGACGGCUAUCGCCACCGACAUUGAGCUGCUGCCAGUCAACACAGCCCUGCUGCAGCUGGUGGGAGGACAGGUGCCCAAACGGCAGCCGACCACCUUGGUGACAGGGGCAGAGGACAUAGCCCACUAUGAGAAAGCCAGUGAGUGUGUGGAGGAGCUGGCUCAGUACCUGAAACCCCUGAGCAACAGCAGAGGUGUGGGGCUGAGCACCAGCAGCGCCCAGAGUUCUCUGAGUCGGCCCAUGCAGAGGAAGCUGGUGACCCUGGUGCACUGUCAGCUGGUGGAGGAGGAGGGCCGGGUGAGGGCCACGCGGGCGGCCAGGUCUCUGGGGGAGCGCACCGUCACUGAGCUCAUUCUACAGCACCAGAACCCCCAGCAGCUCUCCUCCAACCUGUGGGCUGCAGUCAGGGCAAGGGGCUGCCAGUUUCUCGGCCCAGCGAUGCAGGAGGAGGCUCUGAAGCUGGUGCUUUUGGCUCUGGAGGACGGCUCCGCUCUAUCCAGGAAGGUCCUGGUGCUGUUUGUGGUCCAGAGGUUAGAGCCACGCUUCCCCCAGGCCUCCAAGACCAGCAUAGGCCACGUGGUGCAGCUCCUCUACAGGGCCUCCUGCUUCAAGGUGACCAAGCGUGACGAGGACUCGUCCCUGAUGCAGUUGAAGGAGGACUUCUGGACGUACGAGGCGCUGCGGCGCGAACACGACUCCCAGAUCGUCCAGAUCGCAAUGGAGGGGGGCCUCCGCAUCGCCCCUGACCAGUGGUCUUCCCUGCUCUACGGGGACCAGUCGCACAAGUCCCACAUGCAGUCCAUCAUUGACAAGUUGCAGACGCCAGCGUCGUUUGCUCAGAGUGUUCAGGAGCUGACCAUCGCCCUGCAGAGGACAGGUGACCCGGCCAACCUGAACCGCCUGCGACCACACCUGGAGCUGCUAGCCAACAUCGACCCAAGUCCAGACUCCCCUCCCCCCACGUGGGAGCUGCUGGACACGGGCUUGGUGGCAGUGAAGACUGUGGUACACGGCCUGGUGGACUUCAUCCAGAACCACAGCAAGAAGGGGAGCGACCCACAACAGCCACCCCAGCACAGUAAAUACAAGACGUACAUGUGUCGGGACAUGAAGCAGAAGGGGGGCUGUCCUCGAGGAACCAGCUGCACCUUCGCCCACUCUCAGGACGAGCUAGAAAAGUACCGUAAGAUGAACAAGCGACUGGCUGCCCGCCGGCCCCUCAGCUUAUCCCUGACGCAGCUGAACGAGGUUGGCCUAUUGCCCGAGGAGGUGGGGAUGCUGGAGGGGCUGGCACACAAGGGCUUGACGAAUGGCAUGGUGGCGUCGGUCACAGGCUCCGCCCUGCCCCAGCUCAUCUCCCGUGGUGCCGACCCCUCCUACGAGACCAUGAUGCGGAAGUCCCAGGGAAGCCUAAGUGCCCCCAGCUCUCCUCCAGACUUACUGGACCCGGUGCCCAAUCGGGCCAUGGCCCAUCCCAGGAUGGCAGUGGACCACCUGGCCAUGCACAAGCAGAUGCCCAGGAGGCCCUCCAUGUACCCCCCUCAGCAGGGAGAACUUUUCUACCCCCCUGAGCCCAGGGCACCUCCAUCAGCCCUGCAGUAUGAGGCCUCCCAGAACGCCCCAGGUAACCCCCCCUACCCCUACCAGCCCUCUCAGUACCCACCCCAGCCUCGCUACAUCCGAAACCCCCCUCCCACCAACGACCCGGCCUUGCCCCCCUACCCCGGCACCUACCCCCAGGAGCGCCAGUGUCCCCCUCCCCCUCAGCUCUCGAGUUCCCACUUCUCCAAUGCCAACCCCCAAGGGUUUGCGCCUCCUCCGCAUUAUGACGGCCGUCGACACCCCGCCUACCCCCCUCCACCACCACAGUCCUAUUCCCACCGGGAGGACCCCUCCAUGCCUGCGGACGAGGCCUCCAGAGAAAGAUACCUUCCUGAGGGUUACCACCCCUCUGGCCCCCACCCCAGCCACGUGAGGCCCUACACCCCCAGGGAGUCUUACAGCCGGCCCCAGCCCACUCCCAGUCUGGACUACUUGCACCGCCGACGCCAGGAGAUCAUGGCCCAGCUGGAAGACGGGAAGCAGGUCACUCCCCCACCCUUCGCCCCCUCACCUACUCUGCCACACCACUACGAGUCCAACUACACACAGGAGCAACAGCAGUAUUUGGAAAACUCACAAGCGUUUUCAAAGUACCGCGAGCCAGACUACGCGAGCCAGUACUCUCCUUGGUCAUGUGACACUAUCGGCUCCUACAUUGGCAGCAAGGAGGGGAAGUCCAGAGACAGUAUGGAGAGGAUGAAUGCUGAGGGGAAAGGUGUGGAAGGCAGGCGCAGGGCUGCAGAGGCCAGAGAUGACGACCCUAUCAUCCCCUUCGGCUCUCUGCCCACCGUGUCACGCUUCGGGGUGAUCUCCCGCACCCCCAAGUCGGGCUACUUGACUGCUGGGCCGGGGCAGGCCAUGACCCUCUCACAGGGGACCAAUGGCCCCAAACACGGCGCUGCAACAGGGUGGGGUGCUGCCGGGUACAUCCAGCCCCCUCAGGCCCACCUCAGUGAACGGCCAGUCAAGGAGAGGGAGCAGCUGACGAUGGAGCUCCAGCAGGUCAAUCAGCAGAUCAACAAGCAGACUGCCCAGGCGGACCAUCCCAGCCCGGAGGAGUGGUCGUCAGGGAACAUCUCCAGCCAACAGCUGAGCCUGGAGCUCCACCAUGUGGAGAGGGAGAUCGGCAAGAGGACCCGCCAGAUAGCCCUGGAGCACCUUGUGAGUCAUGAUGGGAGUGGGGCGAAUAAGCUGAAGCCCACUGAGAACUGGCAGAGAGCGGAGCACUCGUUGGUCCUCAGUGAGGGCUGUAACGGUCCCAGUGGUGUGCUGCAGGACGGCAGUGUGGCCAGCUGUGGUUUGUCCUGCCUUACCAGCAAGACCUCGUCCCUCAGCCUGUCUGCAGACCUCUCCAUCGCUGGGGGCACUGACCGAAAGACCAACGGCGUGGUCCCCCUGUGCUCCUAGCCACACAACUGGAGUCUGGUAUUACCACCACAGCUACAACUAACCGAUCAGUCAACCACAUAGAGCCUUGGGGAACCCUUCGUCCUCUGAACGUUAGAACCGUUAGAACUGUUCCACUGUCAUUUUGAGACACACAACCAGGUCCUCCAAACUGUCUGGUAUACCCUACCUACAUCUACAUUUGCAAAAUCUGAUUGACGCCACUAAGAGAAUUUUAACUUGAUUACAAAAUGUGUAGAGAGAGGCGGCACCUCUCUCCUUGCUUAAAAUGGCUAGAGACCGUUCUAGGUUUCUUACAAAGAGGGAUUUGUGAUAGAAGGGCUAGGAGUAUCGAAGUAACUGAAAAAGCCACUGAUUUGCAAAUGUGGAUGUAGUGCCAUCAGACAACGGCACUUCAUUUGAUACAACACAAAUUUGCACACUUGCAACUUUAGUCUGUCUACAACUAAGCAGUAUCUGCCCUGAAUUUAAUAUUUUUUCAUUUUAGUUUUUUUUGUUCUGUGAAUGAAUGUUUUUUUCAUAUAAAAUCUCACCCUGCCUUGGAAACAAGAUGUUUAGAUUCCAUGAACUCAAACCCAAUAAUGAUUAGAAGAAUAAUAUAACGAUGAGACCAGUUCCUUGGUUUCAAAUAGAUAAGGCCACCAUAAUCGCAUUGACAUUAAUUACAUCUGUUAGCUUCAAAAUGUGCAAUUUUAUUUUGUAUUUUUUGGUAGCAUCGCUACAGCAAUAUUUGUGCUUAGCAUAUAUGCAUGUCCUGAAAUGCAGACUUUGUUUGGAAUUAAUUGUAAGUUCUUGUUUCUAAGCUGCAAUGUUAUUCACCUACUUUUCUUUUUGUUUUUUUGUUUUUUUGCUUUUCGUUAAGUUUGACUCUUGGUUCUCUGGAGGACAUUUGCAUCUUAUCAAAAUAUCUCCAUCGCAUAGAAACAAUACUUGUUGGCAAACGGCUGUGAAUAUGUUUGCGCAUAUCCAAGAUAAUACAAAUUGAAGAUGACACUGGCCUCUUGAAGGCAGAGAACACCUUUCAACUGGGCAAUUUUGAGAUUUAGAUUAAACUAUCAGAUACAUUUUAACAAGAAGAAAAGGCUCCCUUGUGUCCACUUCAGUGGCUUGACCCUCUUCUGGCAUCUCCCCUCACUACUACCACCACCUUCAGGAUAUUUACUUCAACCUCUACCAUCCAUGCUUUGGUAUGGGGCUGAUGAGGAAAUGGAUAUAUACAUUUAGGCUUGGCAUUCAAGCUGUCGUCUUUUGGGUGUAAUUUAAAUGCAGUGAUGGACUAGGUGGGAGGGAAUCACAACAUGGGUCAAGCAUACGUCUGUCUGCCUGUUGAUGGGGGGGUCAGAGGUACUGGGUAUAUGGAGUAAAGGAAACAGGAACGAAGCCAGACAUGACCCAUGGCUGGAAUUUGAGACCUUGAUCUACAAAACAUAUUUGCACUUUCAUAGCUUUAAGGAUGGUUUGUACUGAGUAUAUGUAUUUAUUAAAUGUACAGUAUUUGCAUCCUGAGGAUGGAUAUAACAUUAAAAGGUCAAACUUAAAACCACAUUCUGUUUUAAGAACGUGUAGUUCAAGAUGGCCCUGGUUGCACCCUAAGGUCCUAAUAGUGUUGGCCAUGUUGUACAGAGCAGGGUUCAAACAGCCACUCUGUUUUUAUACAUCAAUCUACUGUAAAAUUAUUUAUUUAUUUUUCUGUAGAGUUACGACAUGUUCACUUCCACAAUUGUGACACCCGGUAUGCUGUCAACAUACCCGUAACACCGCAAAUUACAGGAAAGGUGAAAUUCCUUUUUCAGUUACUCAUCUCCACUCCUCUGAGCACCUUUUUCACCAAUUGCAGCAGACAUUUGUCUAGUUUUAAUUUAUUUUAACUUCCAAGAAGUUGCUCUAGUAAAAGGGUUUGUGAUGCGUUCCUGGAGGAGGCUUUAAUCAUUUGUAGAUGGGGGUCGAUGCAUAGGAGGUGACAGGCCACUGAACUGGGCUAAGGCAGAACUACAGUUAGCAAAGCAGUUAGCAUCACUGGAGACAACCACAGCACCACCACACAGGGUGAGAGGAGACUAGGAAAGGCAUUUUGAUGACACCAAAUAAGUGUUUUUUCCCAAAUAUGAACAAAUUAAGUGCUGCAGUUGCAUUAUCUGCAUUACUUUUACAUAUUUUAUGUGCUUAAAUUAUUGCCACCCCUCACACAGAUGCAAUUGGUUCCUCCCAGAUGUAUGCGAACUAUGAAAUUAAGUACUGCAAGCUUACUUUCCUUCUUGGUAAGAUUAAUUCACAGAAUGUAUUCAAAGGUGUCAUAUUGUGAAAUGGUGGCUGGGAUAUUCCAUUUGAAUUCAAAAUAUAUCCAACAACUGGAUUAGUCAAACUUGUUUUAAAUCUAAUCUUUGUCUUUAUGGAAAUAUUUAAAUGUCUUUUUAUUUUUAUUGUUACAUCUCACUUUUUGAGAUUUUAUUUCAAAUAUGAAAUGGCUUACACUGUAUAUGUAUAGACUAUAUACACAUUAUACUGUACUGUAUUUGUACAGUAUAUGCACAUUAGAGUAUAUACACAUUAUACUGUGUGUAUAUACACAUUAUACUGUAUUUUCAAAGCCAGACAAUGACAGACUUAAGUCAAUUCGUCUCCUAUAGAAGUUCUCUGCCUUCUGUGCACAUGACAUUGAAAUGUCCAUUAGUCCUCAAAAGUUGCUGCCUUUUUUUGAGUUCUCCCCAGUUUGUCCCAAUGCUUUGUCUGCACUCAUGUCAGAGCAUUGGAUAGCAAUCUAGCAAUAUUAUAGAAAAUGACUGUUAUCAAGAGGACAAUGUAGGCUACUCAAUGCAGUUUGCAUUACUCUUCAUGCUAAUCAUAACCAAUGGUCCUUCAACCCUCCUUAUUAAUUGUGACAGAGUUAAGGACAUGAGGACACAGUCCCUUAAUUGGCAUGGCAUCAUGCAUGUUUGUGGUUACAGAAGUUAUCUUGCUUUAGUCACCUCUGUAUCAUGUAGAGGGAAAUUAAUUGCGUUGUAGUGUAGCCAUCGUGGUGGCUAAAUUAUGGUGGUUGUUUUGUAGUAGUUUUAGAGCACUUCAUAGGAAAAUAAAAUAUCAUUGUGCAAAAGCACCUGUAGUUCUGGGGCUGAACAGAACUGCAGUCAACUAUGCUGUGUGCAUACAUAGCCCAGAAAUAUUUUGUCAUAAGGUCACAUGACUUGCUUUCCAUACGGAAAGAAUUUCCAUAUGAUAUAUUUGUUUGAUCUCUGUGGCUUUGACAGCCCUGACUUUCUGCCAGGAACUUCAUGUUUUUUAUCUGAAGAGCAGUGUUCCAGAGGUCAAAUGACUAUCAAUACAUCUGUCAAACCAUAUGGUAAAAUCAGCUACAACAAUCGCAUUUGGGACUGAACUUCAGGUAAUGCUUACGGUUCAGUUUCAGAUAGCUCUAUGUAUUUGGACGAAUGUUCCUCCAUCAGUGUCAUCAAUACAACAUGUCUCCUUACUCCUGUACAUCCAUCAGUGUAGUGUCAUCAAUACAACAUGACUGAGCCUUUUAUAAGGAGACAUGUUCCUCCAUCAGUGUCAUCAAUACAACAUGUCUCCUUACUCCUGUACAUCCAUCAGUGUCAUCAAUACAACAUGACUGAGCCUUUUAUAAGGAGACAUGUUCCUCCAUCAGUGUCAUCAAUACAACAUGUCUCCCUAUAAAAGGCUCAGUCAUUGCCUUUCCGAAUGUGGGUUAAUCAUGCACACUUUUGUCUUGAAGGUAUGCAGAUCUUUUACAGAGAAAAUCAAAGUCCUCAGGACUUGGUUGAGAGUCGUCGGUGUUAGCAGCUAGGCCAGCGAUGCUAAUUUACCAAUUUAGUGAGAUGGGUCAACAUACAGAUUUACCGUGACUUGACUCGCUGUUGAGGAAUUGGGAUGUCUGAGAUUAGAUGUACCACUACCGUUCAAAAGUUUGGGGUCACUUAAAUGUCCUUGUUUUUGAAAGAAACACUUUUUCCCCCCAAAUUAAAAUAACUUCAAAUUGAUCAGAAAUGCAGUGUAGACAUAGUUAAUGUUGUAAAUGACUAUUGUAGCUGGAAACAGCAGAUUUUUUAUGGAAUAUGUGUACAGAAGCACAUUUACCAUCACUCCUGUGUUCCAAUGGCACAUUGUGUUAGCUAAUCAAAGUUGAUCAUUUUUAAAUUAAUCAUUAGAAAACCCUUUUGCAAUUUUGUUUAGCCAGUUGAAAACUGUUGUUCUGAUUUAAAGAAGAAAUAAAACAGGCCUUUAGACUAGUUGAGUAUCUGGAGCAUCAGCAUUUGUGGGUUCGAUUACAGGCUCAAAAUGAAACUCGUCAGUCUAUUCUUGUUCUGAGAAACAAGAAUGUGAGAAAUUGCCAAGAUAUUGAAGAUCUCGUACAACACUGUGUACUACUCCCUUCACAGAACGGCACAAACUGGCCCUAACCAGAAUGAAUAGAAAGAGAAGUGGGAGGCCCCGGUGCACAACUGAGCAAGAGGACAAGUACAUUGGUGUCUAGUUUGAAGGACAUUUAUUUCAAUCAAUCAUUAUUUAUAACCUUGUCAACAUCUUAACUAUAUUUCCUAUUAAUUUUGCAACUCAUUUCUUGUAUGUUUUCAUGGAAAACAAGAACAUUUCUAAGUGACCAUAAACUUUUGAACGGUAUUGUAUGUUCUUGAUACUUUUUUUGAGGCAAAUAACUGAAUAAAUGUAUGUUACUAUUUUGUAGACACAUACUGGUCUCUCAAGGCAUCCUUUGAUCUUUAAAAGCACAGAUUUAGGUUGGAUCGGUUUUAAACAUAUAAUUGCUGUGUAACAUGUUUUAUUUAUAAUUAUACUGUCAUUGUUUUUUGUUGCUGUUGCUUGGGAAGGCACUUCACAUUUAAGCAAUCGUAAUGAUUGGCUACAACAGCUUUUGCUGUGAUGCAUUGUAGGUUCACCUCGCACCGGUUUUUAUGUUUAUUUUUUAUAUUGCCAUGCUUCAUGGGUGACAUGCUGACUACACUGUGCGUCUGCUUGCGCAUGUUGGUUUUGUAUAUCCACACCAGGCCUGAGCCAGACACAGAGGUUGAAAUAUCAAAACAAACUAUAUUCAUUUGGGGAAAGGGUGAAACACAUGAAACAUUCAUGGACAUUGAGCUAGCUUGCUGUUGCUAGCUAAUUUGUCCUGGAAUAUAAACAUUGGGUUGUUAUUUUACCUGAAAUGCACAAGGUUCUAUUUUUUCCCCAGGAUCUUUUGAAGAAUUUUGACCCAUUUUGAGUCACACAAAAUCGUGUGUUCUCUAGUCCGACAAUUAAUCCACAGAUAAAAGGUGAAACUUAGUUUCUAGUAAUCUCUUCUUCUGUGGACUUCAAAUGGCGGUUGGCAACCAACUUUAAGGUGCAUUACCACCACCAACUGGAGUGUGGACCUCAGUUCAGCUUUCAAUCACCCACUUGGGUAUAUUUUCCAUAAAAACCAAUGAGGAGAUGGGAGAAACAGGACAAGCGUCAAAUAGUACCAAGUUCUACUUUAACACCUGGCUAUGCAGACACCUGCGAGCAGUUUAGAUUAAAUUAUUAACAUGUAUGUGUACAUUUAUUUUGCCUGCUGACCACACUGCUUGCGUUGCAAAAUAAAUUUACACAUAGAUGAACUGAGGUACACACUCCAGUCCAGUUGGUGGUGGUAAUGUACCUUAAAGUUGGUUGCCAGUUGACAAAUAAAGUCCACAGAAGACUACUACUACUGGAGGAGAGUUUAUUAGAAAAUAUUAGUUUCUCCUUUUAUCUGUGGAUUAAAUGUUGGAGUAGAGAACACAACAUUUUGUGACUGAAUGGGUCAAAAUUCUACAAAGAUACAGAAAAAAAAGGACCUUGUGCAUUUCAGGUAAAAUAACAACUCAAUGUUUAUAUCCCAGGACAAAUUAGCUAGCAACAGCAAGCUAGCUAGUUAAAUGUCCAUGAAUAUUUCAUGUUUCGACCUGUCCCCAAAUUAAUAUAGUUUGUUCAGAGUUUUGAUAUUUCAACCUGUGUCCUGAUGGCAUCUGGUGUGGAUGGACAAAAUCAACAUGUGCAUGAUGGCACAAGCGGACCCACGCACGUGCCAGGUGUAGUCGGCAUGUUAGGCUACUUCUUAACAUGCUAUGGUCAAGAACAGCUAUCAGAAUUGAGCAUUUUCCUUGCAUGAAGAGGAAGGAACUACCAUUGCUCGCACUGGGAAAGCUAAUUAACUCUUAAGUUAACUACUUUUCUGGGUUUGUCAAAUUACAUCGUUUGCAUACAUUUUCACAAUUUUGUAUCUUUGUUUUUGCAGAGUUACGGUAUUAUGAUCUUGGCCCAUCAUUGAGGGAACCAUUUUGAAUUGAGCUGUUUAAAGCACCGUCUGUUGCUCAAUUAUAUUUUCAUAAUUAAGUAUUUGCGCUGGUGCAACAUUAACCUUUUUUCAAAUUAAUAUAAUAUUGAAACUUAAACAUGCAUGUUUGAAUAUGUCCUUGUAAAGUUUUUGAAGUAUUCAUUUAAUUAGAAAAAAUAGGGGCAAAAUUCACGAGUGCUUAGUAAAUGUGAUCCUUUGCAUAGUAUCUGCAUAGGAAUUCUCUUCGCUCCAUACCUUCACUGCUAUCUUUUGAAUACUGUCUGGUCUCAGUUGCUCUAUUGUUGAUUAUUGAUUGAAGCUUAAGAAAUGUGACCUGCCUUCCAGCAGGCUAUUGACUAUUUCAAAGUUUAACAUGCAUACAUGUAGGUUUGUCUAUACAGUACAUCAACUUGCAACUGUUAAUUAAACUCCUUCAGGAGUCAGCAUUUAUAUUAAAUGGUCUCUACGAAUCAGCCCUGGAAACAUGAGUCAAUCGGCUGAUUUCCAUUGCAGAGCCGAGGAACCGCUUAUCCUUUCUGAGACAAAGGAGUUCAGUGCCAGAUUCUCUGGGGGAGGUGUGAGUUUCCUUGAAGUCUUGCAGCACUAACGUCUUUACGAGUUUUACAAUUGUAAAACUGUGACGCGCUAAUAUUAAAGAUCCAUUGAUACCGGGGAAACUUGCCUAUUUGUUUACAUAGCCAUUUGGUGUCUGUUAAAUAGAAACCCAGGGAAAUUGUUUGGCAUAUUUUGGCUGUCACGUAGCAUUGUUUGGUCUGUGUUUUAGAUGGUGUUAGGCUCGCCAGAAUUUGAGGACAGAGAUUGUCUUUUCCAAGGGGGUUUUUCGAUCCUAUGGAGGGGCUCCCGAGUGUCGCAACAGUCUAAGGCACUGCAUCUCAGUGCUCGAGGCGUCACUACAGACCCUGGUUCGAUCCUGGGCUGUGUCACAACCGGCCAUGAUUGGGAGUCCCAUAUAGGGUGGCGCACAUUUGGCUCAGCAUUGUUAGGGUUUAGCCGGGGUAGGCCGUCAUUGUAAAUAAGAAUUUUUCUAAACUGACUUGACAAGUUAAAUUAAAAAAAUACCCUUCUAAAAGGAAUGUUUUGGAAGUUGUGUAGAGAUCACAAUAGUCUUAAUUUAUACUUUCUAAUUUAAAUUGUGUGUGUGUGUGUGUGUGUGUGAUAUGAUCAUUAAGACAAGUAUUGGGUAAACACAGUAACACUUGACAGUAGGAUAGCCAUACACCAAGACACGAGUAACUUCUGAAUUCUUUGCCAAGAAUGUCUUGUUCGGUGAUUCAUUUGACUAAAUACUGUGGAAUUGUUUACUUUGGACUUAGUUGUCCUUUUUAGCAAUCAUAUGAUGAGUUAAAAAAUAAGUAACAUAGGAUGACACAUUAAACCACCCUGGCAGGGAAUUGAUUUCCAUGUGAGCGGCCAUGUCCCAAUGGGAGAGACCGCUUCAUUUCAGAUAGUUUUCUUGUUCACGCUGAACACACUCAUUGCUUCCACUCAAAUUGAAUUCCUUGUAAUAAGAUGGGCUGCUGUUGUAUUUUUUUUCCCAUUUAUUUUUAACAUAUUUUCUAACUUUGGGAAAUGUAAUUGCUUUUGAUUACUACUACCCAAGUUUUCUUGUAAGAGUUUGCUUAAAUUAAGGUACAAGUUUAACUUCAGCAUUGUUUUUAUAUUAUACUCCCUUAAGGAAUGUUUAGAAUGCGAUUUCUCCAAUUUGGAUAUAGGUCUUAUACCAUUUUUCUUUGUUAAAGAAUUCACUGUGUGAAAAUGGGAUUGCAUUUGUAUAAUACAAUUGCUUUUGUUUUGUUUCUUUGAGGAGGGGCGAAGUGGAAGUUUGAAGUAAAUGUAACUUAUGUGCAACAGUGAUUCUUUACUGGCAGGGACUGUAAUUAAACAAUAUUGUGAAACUGA